AUGUUGUCAUCUCGAGUUAUCCGAAGUCUAGCCGGCCCCCGCAGCCUCAAUCGAUUUUUUGAGCGUAAAAUCUUGACCCCCGCAUUUUCGCUGGAAAAAGAAUGGGCUGCGCGGCAUGAAGAGUUAGCCAAACUUGGUUUGGGAGGAGAUUAUGAAUGGAUUUCGGCGGUGCAGAAAAAGUUUAUUGGUGGCGGAUAUGCGAGUGCUGUGGAUGUGGAUGCGGCGAUUUGUGUGGCUGAACAGAAAGAUCAGGUGGGAGAUGGAUUUUCAAGAGGGGAUUUUUGGAGCCAAAAUUUUUAAUUUCCACCAGUUUGAAAAAUUUGAGAAAAAUAUAAACACGACUUUUCCAAAAAUCAUUAGAAAUUUUUAACAUUUUUGAAACAGUAAAUUUUUGACCAAUUCUUCAAAAAUCGAAACUCAAAGAUUCCAAUGAAAAUGUUAUCAAACAAAUCAAAUUAAAAUUUCACUGUUUCAACUUUUCCAUGAAUAACCAAUGUUUCUUUGUAAUAUUCUGUAAUAAGAACAAAUCAUGUUUUUAAAUAAUUUGAAACUUAUUUUGUUCAAUUUAUCGUUUUCUGAAACAUUUGCUCACAACUUUUUUUUUUCUAAAAAUUGGCUGAAAAUGAGUCAUUUUAAGCUGAAAAUCAUGAAAAAAUUGAAAAUCAUGAAAAAUUUUUAAAAAAUUUUUUGAAUUCUUUUUUAUCACUCGCAGUUUAUAAUAAAGCAAUCAAUUCGAAAUUCCCUUGAAAAUCAUAUCAACAAAUUUUGAAACGUAUAUUUUCCACCUUAAUUUUUCAUAUUUUCUCUACAGGUCGAUGAUACAAUUGAACUUCUCUACAAACUUCGUCAUAGCGUAAAAGCGGCUGAAAAAGCAGAUUCGAGUGAAUAUGCGAUUAUUAGAUUGCUUUUGAAGUAUCAACCGGAUAUUAUUUUCACAUUGGCUAAUGAUAGUGUGAGUUUUGAACUUGAAAAUUUGGAAAAGUGAUGAAAACUUGAGUUUUGAGCCAUUUUUGAGCUCAAAAAUACCUUUUUUGCAGAUAAAUUACGGUGUAUUUUUGAACGAACAUUCGGCUUGUUUGGUUAUCGAUCAUUUUUUGAAAACGAAUAAUAUCCAAGGAGCCGCCAGAAUUGUUUCAUGGGUUAUGCAACAAGAACAGACGGAAAAUGAAUUGUUGAAUUUGCUUGGUGAGUUGGAUUUUUGGAGGGAGGGAAAUUGCUGAUUUUUGUCCGGAAACAAUGGAUGAUGAAUCGAUAGUAUUUCACGUCGACCCACAAAAGAACAAACUGCUGCAAUGGGUUUGAGACAGAAUGCAUCAAAAUGCAAAAAAACUACUGAACCAUUUCGAAAACUGAUUACAUAUUCGUGAUGAGCGUGUUAAAAUCUAUGGAAAUAAGGAUUUUCAUGAAUUCUAGUCGAUUUUUUUCUUGUAGUACGUUGAGGAAAAACCGAAAAACCGUACACCCAUUGCAGCAGUUGGGCCGACGUGAUUUGUAUUGUUGGAGCUUGUUUUUAAUUUGAAACAGCGAAAUUUUUUCUCCAAUAUAAUAAGAAAGAAAAAAAUUGAAAAAACAUAGUCUAUUUAUAUUCCUAGACGAUUUGAAACAGUAACUUUUUAUUAGCAAAACUAAGGUAGACUUAACUUGCCGCUUUGCGGAAGAUAGCGGAAAGACUAGCGGUACAUCCACGAGUCUUGAAGUAGACUAAGAUAACCUAGCUGUAAUUUGCAUACAAUAUUUAACUUAUGAUUGAUUUUCGAGUGUAGUUUUAAAAUUUGGUUUAAACUUGAAACAGUGAGAUUUUCAUUCAUUUUAUUUAAAUUGAAAGGUCUAUAUUGAGAAAACAUAGUUUCUAGAGAUUUGUAGCAUAUUUUUUUUAUAUAUCUCAAUGGAAAAUUGAAUUAAAAAUAUUAUUUUAGAGUUUUGUUUUGCAUCUGAAACAAAACUUUCUAUUUUUAUAAAGCUGAAAAAAUUAUUAAGAAAGAAUAGUUUCGGAUUUUUACAAACAUUGAAAAAGUAAUUUUCAAUUAACAAAAAAAAUCUUAAUUGAUCAAAACUAAUUUUCGCUUUCAAAUUAAAAUUCUAGCUUGAAACAGUGAUUUUUUGACCAAUUUUUUCAAGCGAGAUUAUUAUUGAUAUGUAUAAUCUAAGAUUUAAUGUAAUUUUGUAGCUGAAACAGUGAAAUUUUUGGUUAAAAAAAUUAGAAUUAGAAAAUUCAAUAAUUUGACAGAUUCAUAGAAAAUUUGAAACAGCGUUUUAUUACAUGAACAUCAUGCAUCGAAAAUGAUCGUUGAUUUUCAAAUUUUAUUUUUAUUUGAAACAGUGAAUUUUUCUAAACUGUUCACAAUUUUUGAAAUUUUUUAUUUUUGGCAAAAAGUUGAAGUAAGAGAAAUUAUGUUAUGUUUCAAAAUAACAUUGUAAAAAUAGUGUUUUAAAUACUUGAAUGCUUCUGAUUUCUUGAAAUUUAAUCCGAAUAUUUUAUUGUGGGUGUUUGAAGGAAUGACAUUGAGAAUAAAUUCCGCUGGUUUAUAAAACUUUAUUUUGAAACAGUGAAUUUUUUAUUCAAAAAUCUUAUUUGUUUUUCCUGGAAAAAUCAACCAUACAAUUUUUCAGGCCUAUAUGUUUGCUCAAAAUGGGUCGAACUUCCAAUUGAUCAACAAACUAUGCCAUUGGCUGAAGAAAAUGAUGAAGAUGUUAAUGAAGAUGAUAUUGUGAGUUUAUUAAUUAAUUACCUAAUUAAUUAAAAUUUCCCAUUUUCCAGAGAACUUUCAAAUUUCCUUACCUGAAAAAUGAGUAUUUUGAUGAGCAUUUUGAUUUGAAUAAUGCUCAACAUUUGGUUGGAAAAUCGAUACUUUGGAUUUCGCGAGAUUCGAAAACGCUUUCACAAGAAGUUCGGAAUGAUUUGCAAUUCCUCGGUGCAAUUCUAUUCGAAAAAUCAAUGUUGGCCGAAUCUUUGGCUUCCCCAAAAAUCUCGAAUUCGGUUAAGAAUUUGGUGAAACAACGAUUGUUGCCGAAGGAAGAAGGAGCUGAAAUGACGGAAAAUUCGAAGAAGAUUUUGGAGAAAUUGGGAGAGUUUGAGGAAAAUCAGGAAGGAAAUCAGAAAUUGAGCGAGGUUUUGGGAGAGGCUUUGAAGAAAAUACAAGGAGAAGAAGAGGCGAAAUUGUGUGGAGAACAGAAAAGAAUAUUUGGAGAAUGGAAUGAGAGACGAAGAGAGUUGAGUAAGGCACAGGCCGAGAAGGUUUUGUUGAGAGUGAGUUUUUUGGGAAGGGAAUUUUAAUGAGAUUCACACAAAGUUACAGAAAAUUCACAGAUUUCCAAUUAAAAAUUCUUGAUUUUCAGUUGAAAAUUUGAGCCCAUAAAUUUUAAGAAUUUUUAUUUUAAAAAAAUUUGAAUUCGCUAGAGAAAAUUUGGCACCAAACUUUUUUCUUUUUCAAAAAAUUACUGUUUCAAAAUUUUUGCAAGUUUUCAAUCAUUUAGGAAAACUUGUUAAAGUCUGCUUUCCAUGGUUCGGAACAUUUCAGAAUAUAAAUUUAAAACUAUUUUUAAUUUCGAAAAAAAAAUACUGUUUCAAAAAUUUUCUAAAUUUUGAGGAAUUUGUUUUUCAGUGAUUUUCCGUCAAAAUAAUUUCCUAGAAAAUUCGACAUGAAAAAUGAUUUGAAGAAUAAUUUAGUUUUUGGAAAUAAAUGUUUGAAAAUUUUAAUUUUUCCUGGAAAAUUUUGUGUUUUGUUACAAAAAAAAAUACUGUUUUAAAAAUUUGGUAAAUUUAGAAGUAGUUGUCUGUUGGAUCAAAAACCAUCUAAAAAUCUAAGUUUUCUCUAACAAUAAGAUUCCCAGAAAAUAUCAAUUAAAUUUAAUUUAAACUACUUUUCCAAAGAUAUUUUACCUCAGCCUUUCAGUUUCCAUGGUUUUCGAUUAAAUACGUUUCAAACAUUUUUCAUUUGAAAAAUUUAAAUAUUUCAUUGAUAGACUAUUUGGUGGCUCUGAACGGAAAAAGAGGGGUUUAGGAAAAAAGAGGGGUUUUCGAAAACUUGAUUUUUCAAAAGCUUGAAACGAUAUUCAAAAGUUGGUUUCAGAAGUUGCUUUUGUUCAGAAUUUCAAUCUUAAUCUGAUCCUUGCGCUCAAAUUUUAUGAAAAGUGAAAAUAUUCCCACAUUUGAGAGCAUAAAGUUUUGAAAACCCCCUUUUCUUUCGAAAUUCUCAAAACCUGUUUUUCAACUCCCGUAUUCUGAAAAAUUUACAGAAACGAAACACGGGCACGUCAAAAUAUGUGACACAUAUUAUGUGUUUAAAAAAAAACAUUUUUCUAGGGUUUAAAAAUGUUUUUAGAUAUUUUCUCAAAUUUUUUCAAACUAGUAAACAGAGUUUUGCGUCAUAAAAAACCACGUGGCAAAUUUUCAAAUGUAAUUAUUUUCUUUGCAGGUCCGCGAAGAAGAAAUUGUUGAAGAGCUCAAAAAAUUGGACAAAAUGGAAGAACAAAUGAACUUUUUUCAAAAAUCGUCUAAAAUGGGAAAAACGAGCAAAUGA